ACUGGACCCCCCCCCCCGGGGCAGCGCAGACGCGACCCCAAAUUCGAAAUCGGCCAACGUCUGUCUCAUCGCCUCCGCUCCCCUCCCGAUUUCAAACCAAAACCCCAUCUCGCAUCCUAUUCCUCCACAGCCGCCGCCGCCUCCGCUCUGCCCAGCCGCCGGAACUCCGCCUCCGCCGCGCCCAGCGAUGCCGUCGGACGGCGUCGACGACGAGCUCGGCGGCGGCAGCUCUGCCCCCGCCCCCGCGCGGUUCGAGCUCCAGGAGGACCCAGCCUUCUGGAAGGACAACAACGUGCAGGUUGUGAUCCGUAUCCGGCCGCUCAGCAGCAGCGAGUUAUCGCUGCAGGGGCACAAGACGUGUGUCAGGCAGGAUUGUAGCCAGAGCCUCACCUGGACGGGGCAUCCCGAAUCCCGGUUCACUUUCGAUCUCGUCGCGGACGAGCAUGUCACUCAGGAGAAUCUGUUCAAGGUUGCUGGGGUGCCCAUGGUGGAGAACUGCAUGGCUGGCUAUAACAGCUGCAUGUUUGCUUACGGGCAGACUGGCAGCGGAAAAACGCACACAAUGCUUGGUGAUAUAGAAAAUGGAACGCGGAGGAACAAUGUGAACUGUGGUAUGACGCCUCGAGUGUUUGAGCAUCUCUUUUCAAGAAUCCAAAAGGACAAGGAAAUAAGGAGAGAUGAAAAGCUUAGGUUCACUUGUAAAUGCUCUUUUUUGGAGAUUUAUAAUGAGCAGAUUCUGGAUUUACUCAACCCAAAUGCUGUAAACUUGCAUAUAAGAGAGGAUGCCAAAAAGGGUGUCCAUGUUGAGAAUCUGACGGAACAUGAGAUCUCCAAUGCUCGAGAAGCGAUGCAACAACUUAUUGAGGGGGCAGCAAACAGAAAGGUGGCAGCCACCAAUAUGAACAGAGCAAGUAGCCGCUCUCAUAGUGUUUUUACUUGUCUUAUAGAGAGUAAGUGGGAGUCACAAGGUAUCAACCACCACCGAUUUUCUCGACUCAACCUUGUUGAUCUUGCAGGCUCAGAGAGGCAAAAGAGCUCAGGUGCUGAAGGGGAGCGGUUGAAGGAAGCUACCAACAUCAACAAGUCACUCUCAACUUUAGGACUUGUCAUUACAAACCUCAUUGCCGUGUCAAACAAAAAAUCACACCAUGUUCCUUAUCGAGAUUCAAAAUUAACGUUCCUCCUCCAGGAUUCCCUUGGAGGAAAUUCAAAGACGACUAUAAUUGCAAACAUAAGCCCAUCUAGCUGUUGUGCUGCUGAGACGUUAAGCACUUUGAAAUUUGCACAACGAGCUAAAUACAUAAGGAAUAAUGCUAUCAUAAAUGAGGAUGCUUUAGGUGAUGUUCUCAGCAUGCGUUUACAGGUCCAGAACCUUAAGAAAGAAGUUAGCCGGUUGCAAGGACUUGUAAAUUCUGACAAAACAGAAGACAUUAGUUCCCAUGGAUUUGUCUGUGAGUCUCCUAGUACAUUCAAAUGGGAUCAAGGUCCUGGCACGUUCAGUCCACUUAUUUUUGAUAAAAGGGCUACACAGAGGAAAGAUUAUGAUGCUGCCCUUGUCGCUGCUUUUAGGAGGGAACAAGAGAAGGAAGCAGAACUGAAGGCAACAAUUGCUGGAAAGCAGAUUGCUGAACAGCUGGCUGUUCAAAGAACAGAAGAGUUAAGAAGUUUCAAGAUGAGGCUUAAGUUUCGUGAAGAACGGAUCAAAAGAUUGGAGCAAGUUGCUUCAGGGAAAUUAUCUGCUGAAGCACAUCUUUUACAAGAUAAGGAAGACCUCACGAAGGAACUGGAGGUCCUGCGGAGUCAACUAGAUCGCAACCCAGAAAUUACAAAAUUUGCCAUGGAAAACUUACAAUUGAAGGAAGAACUGCGAAGGUUGCAGUCAUUUGUUGAUGAAGGUGAACGGGAAAUAAUGCAUGAGCAAAUAAUUGUUUUACAAGAUAAGCUGCUAGAGGCCCUUGACUGGAAGCUUAUGAACGAGAAGGAUCCUGUUAACAAGGACCUCUCAUUAUUCGGGGAGUCAGCUGGUGAUGAGGAAAAUGAGUUUCUUCGUUUGCAGGCUAUUCAAAAUGAGAGAGAAAUCGAGUCAUUGCGUAAAAAGUUGACCUUCUGCCUCGAAGCAAAAGAGAAACUUGAGAGGCAUGUUGAUGAGUUGACCACAAAGUUGGAGCAUACAAAGAAACAUGAUGACACAAAUAAAGGAUCCAAGGCUUUCCAGCUCCAGGAGCAAGGAGAGGCAGGUUUACACAACCUGCCUGAUGCUCAGAUGGAACUUAAGACUUUGGUUGACGCAAUAGCUUCUGCAAGUCAAAGAGAAGCAGAAGCUCAUGAAACUGCGAUUGGUUUGGCCAAAGAGAAUGAAGAAUUAAGGAUGCAGCUUAAGGUUUUGAUUGAGGAUAACAAGAGAUUGGUUGAGCUCUACGAACACGCUAUUGCCAAUGUUGAGACAAAUCAGGACAUAAACUGUCCUACCAUUCCUCAAACUGAAGAUGCAAGUGAUCAGCAAAGCAGUCAUCCUUUUGGAGGAAUCUCUGUAAAUAAAGAUCUGCUGGAUGCCCAUCCAGUAGGCACGACAGAUUUGCCUGUACACAACUCAUCCAAUGCAGAAUUGCAUCUUCGACUGGAAGAGAUGCACGAGGAAAAUGAUAGACUUAUGGGUUUGUAUGAGAAAGCUAUGCAGGAAAGAGACGAAUUCAAAAGGAAGAUUUUCGAGCAAAGUGAUUCUGAAACUAGAGAAGAGAUUCAGUCGUGUGAGAAAGAUGCUGAAAUAAGUGAAGCAGCAGAUCCUGAGAAUCUCGAAGUGAAUCAUGUUGAUGACUCCACAAUUGUAGCUUUUAAAGAAGUGCUGCAGCUUGUUCGCAUUAAGUUGGAGCUUGUCCAAGACAAGCUUGUGCCUGCUCAGGAUGCAGUAAAAUAUUUUAAACUACUUGAAACGGCUAGUAGUAAGGCAGAAGAACUUUCUGCAAGCAUUCAGCUCCACUGUCUAGACGUGCAGCAUUGUCAGGAAGACAUCAAUGUCCAGAAGUCUACGCUGUCGGAAUCACAGGAGAAGAAAAAUGCUUUUGAAGUCAAGUAUUUCUUGCCUGCAGCAUCAUGCUGGAACUUCGAUUUGAAGACCAAAGCCCUUGCUGGGUCCAAGUUUGAUGUCAACUUUGAAUUAAUGAAUCAAAAGAAGGAACUGUUGAAUCACCUCCAAACUCGCAAAAACGAACUAUCUGCCGCGAGAACAAAAGCACAUGAAUCUGAGAAUGAGUUGAGAGACAAAAUUGAUGGCCUUAAAGUGAAGCUUCGCUAUGAAGCUCAAAGGAAGGAGGAAGAGAAGGUCCUUUUUGCUAUUAAUAAUCUGAAUACUUCCACUGCACCGUUGCAUAAACCCAAGAAUUUUGGCAAGGCAACUGAGCUGCUGAAAUCUGAGGAGCAGAAGAGAAGGCUUUCAAGUGAACUGGUGAAGGCCUGCCAACAGCUUGCCAUGGUGCAAAAGGAAAUAAAAAGUAUGAAUAAAUGUGAUUAUAUUGAUUGUGAGAUUGAGCUCCUUGAAACAGAAAUAGAGGACUGCUGCCUCUCCGUGUUGGAAGCAGACAUCGAGAAGUUUGUCCGUGACAAUACCUUGACAGAGAUUUGGGACAGCAGGAAGAAAGACAUGGAGGGCUUGCUGAUUGACUACCAAGACUGUGUUUUCCAAGUCAACUUGAAGGAGGAAGAGAUCAAAGUGUGUGAGGAGUCGUUGCAGCAUCAAGCUAGGGGCUUGGAUGAGCUGCAUUUGAAGCUAAAUCAAGCGAUGCGGUACCUGGGUGAGCUUCUGCAAGACAGAAGAAGCUUGACCUCUUGCAGUUUGGAUGAAUCCAUGCUGCCCGUUAGCAAAAAGGUGGAGGUGGAUCUUGAGGCCAUCAGGAUUCAUGUCGCUGAAGCUAAGCAGCUUUUGCUUCUCGACAGCCAAGCUAAUUUGUGAACCUGCCCAGCUAGUAUCAGUUUCAUUCACAGAUGCAAUGACUGACAGGACAGGCUAGUCUGUCUUGGCUUCAUCUCUUCACAUCCUUCAUGGCGACGAAUCAGAAACGAGGAUCAUGCAACUUGUGAUCUGCUUCGUAGGAUGGAGAAGUCCUGAAGUUCUGAUAUUUGUUCUGUGGACCACCUAUUUUCUGGUGGUCUAGCUUCAGCUCAUGAAAUAGGCCCUUCUGUAGCCUACUGUAUGUUUUGAUUUCUCCUCAUGUGAGCGCUUCAAGGUGCAAGACAGCAACAGAUUCGACAUGAUUCUGAAUUCAAGGGGCCUUGACCUUUUUGUUUCUGUAAUUCUGUAGACUCAUAACCAGUGAGUGGUCUUGUAUCAUAAGUUAACCUGAAUCAGCAUUGAUGAUCUACAUAAGUGAAAGAAUGGGGCGCUGUGUGUAGAAAGCUGCAGCCUGAACAUUCUACACACAUGAUUAUGAACAUUUGCUUGCUGGAUGAAGAGUAGUGACAAAGUGAAGAGUGUGUUCUUUUGCUGAAAACUGCCAGGUUCGUAGCGCGCUGUGGCUGCUGUUGCCUGGUGAUUUUCUUCGUUUCUUUCCUUCAUUUUUUUAGGUCGGUGAUGACCGG